AUGCCGGUCAUGAAGGGGUUGCUGGCCCCGCAAAACACCUUUCUGGACACCAUCGCCACCCGUUUUGACGGCACGCACAGCAACUUCCUGCUGGCCAACGCACAGGGCCCACGGGGCUUUCCUGUGGUCUACUGCUCAGACGGCUUCUGUGAGCUCACGGGCUACGGCCGCACAGAGGUCAUGCAGAAAACCUGUAGCUGCCAUUUCCUUUAUGGCCCAGAGACCAGUGAGCCAGCCCUGCAGCGGCUGCACAAAGCCCUGGAGGGCCACCAAGAGCACCGGGCUGAAAUCUGCUUCUACCGCAAGGAUGGCUCAGCCUUUUGGUGCCUCCUGGACAUGAUGCCCAUCAAAAAUGAGAUGGGGGAGGUGGUGCUCUUCCUCUUUUCCUUCAAGGACAUCACGCAGAGUGGAGGCCACGGGGACAGUAAUCAUGAAAACUCCCUUAACAGGAGAGGAGCCAGGUCAAAACUUCGGUCCGCAAGAAGGCAGAGCCGAACUGUCCUACGCCGGCUGACUGGCCACUUUGGCCGCCGGGGCCAGAGAGGCAUGAAGACCAAUAAUAACGUGUUUGAGCCAAAGCCAUCAGUGCCUGAGUACAAGGUGGCCUCCGUGGGGGGUUCCCGCUGCCUCCUCCUCCACUACAGCGUCCCCAAGGCCGUCUGGGACGGUCUCAUCCUCCUCGCCACCUUCUACGUUGCGGUUACCGUUCCCUACAACGUCUGCUUCUCGGGUGAUGAUGACACCCCCAUCACUUCCCGACACACCCUUGUCAGUGACAUCGCUGUGGAGAUGCUCUUCAUCCUGGAUAUCAUCCUGAACUUCCGCACCACCUACGUGUCCCAAUCUGGCCAGGUGAUCUCUGCCCCUCGUUCCAUUGGCCUCCAUUACCUGGCCACCUGGUUCUUCAUCGACCUUAUUGCUGCUCUGCCCUUUGAUCUGCUUUAUGUCUUCAACAUCACUGUGACCUCGCUGGUGCACCUGCUGAAGACAGUGCGGCUGCUGCGCCUGCUGCGGCUCCUGCAGAAGCUGGAGCGGUACUCGCAGUGCAGCGCUGUGGUGCUCACGCUGCUCAUGUCUGUCUUUGCGCUUCUCGCCCACUGGAUGGCCUGCAUCUGGUAUGUCAUCGGGCGCCGGGAGAUGGAGGCCAAUGACCCGCUGCUCUGGGACAUUGGCUGGUUGCACGAGCUGGGCAAGCGACUGGAGGUGCCCUUCGUCAACGGCUCAGCGGGCGGCCCGCCGCGGCGCAGCGCCUACAUCGCUGCGCUCUACUUCACGCUGAGCAGCCUCACCAGUGUGGGCUUCGGCAACGUGUGCGCCAACACCGACGCCGAGAAGAUCUUCUCCAUCUGCACCAUGCUCAUCGGCGCGCUGAUGCACGCCGUGGUGUUCGGGAACGUGACGGCCAUCAUCCAGCGCAUGUACUCGCGCCGCUCGCUCUAUCACCGCCGCAUGAACGACCUCCAGGACUUCAUCCGCGUCCACCGCCUGCCGCGGCCGCUCAAGCAGCGCGUGCUCGAGUACUUCCAGACCACGUGGGCGGUCAACAGCGGCAUAGACGCCAACCAGUUACUGCGUGACUUCCCAGACGAGCUGAGAGCUGACAUUGCUAUGCACCUGAAUCGGGAGAUCCUGCAGCUGCCGCUGUUUGGAGCAGCGAGCAGGGGCUGCCUGCGUGCCCUCUCCCUGCACAUCAAGACCUCGUUUUGCGCUCCGGGGGAGUAUCUCUUGCACCAUGGAGACGCCUUGCAGGCGCACUACUACGUCUGUUCUGGCUCACUUGAGGUUCUCCGAGACAACACGGUGCUGGCCAUCCUGGGGAAGGGGGACCUGAUUGGGGCAGACAUCCCUGAGCUGGGCCAGGAGCUUGGGUCAGGGGCAGGCCCCAGCUGUGUGCUGAAGACCAGCGUGGACGUGAAAGCACUGACCUACUGUGGCCUGCAGCAGCUGAGCAGCCGAGGGCUGGCUGAGGUUCUGAGGCUCUAUCCUGAGUACGGGGCUGCUUUCCGGGCUGGCCUGCCCCGGGACCUCACCUUCAACCUGCGCCAGGGCUCUGACACCAAUGUUCUCAAUCGCUUUUCCCGAUCCCCUCGCCUCUCCCAGCCCCGCUCUGAAAGCCUUGGCUCUUCCUCAGAAAAGACUCUGCCAUCCAUCACGGAGGCCGAGGGUGGUGCGGAGCCUGGGGGUGGUCCCAGGCCACGCCGGCCCCUCCUGCUGCCCAACCUCAGCCCAGCACGGCCUCGGGGCUCCCUGGUCAGCCUUUUGGGCGAGGAGCUGCCCCCAUUCUCAGCCCUUGUCUCCUCUCCUUCCUUAUCCCCAACCCUUUCCCCUGCCCUGGCUGGCCAGGGCCACAGCCCCUCCCCUCAUGGCCCCCCCAGGUGCUCUGCUGCCUGGAAGCCCCCCCAGCUUCUCAUUCCCCCACUGGGAACCUUUGGACCUCCGGACCUCAGCCCUCGGAUAGUGGAUGGCAUCGAGGACUCUGGCAGCACGGCUGAGGCCUCUGCAUUCCAGUUCAGCAGGAGGCCUGAGCCCGCAAAGCCCCGCUUGCAGGCCCCCCCUCCAGGAACCAGGCCCAGCCGGGAACUGGCUACUGAGGCCGAGGAGGUCAAGGAGAAGGUCUGCCGGCUGAAUCGGGAGAUCUCCCGUCUCAACCAGGAGGUGUCUCAGCUUAGCCAGGAGCUGCGGCACAUGAUGGGCCUGCUGCAGGCUAGGCUGGGUCUCCCAGGCCGCCCAGCAGUCUCAGCUUGGCCCCCAGACCCUCUUUGCCACCAGCCGAGGCCACCACGCAUCUCUCCCUGUGUGUCUGGACCACCCCCUAGCCUUCAGGAUACUACGCUUGCUGAGGUCCACUGCCCGGCCAGGGUGGGGACAACGGAGAUGAGGGCCACCCUCCUGGACCUGAGACCUUCCAUGCUUCCCUCCUACCCCUCAGAGCCUGAACAUCUGGGACCCCCCCCAGUGCCAGAGGCCUCAUCCCCCCCAGUACCAGAGGCCUCACCCCCAACCCCAAGCCUCUUCCGGUCCAGGUCAGACACGUUCCACUGA